AUGUACUACCAUGGUGAUGGUAUCAACGUAGAUAUGAAAGAAGCUGUACAGUGGAUUAGUAAGGCCGCUGAGCAAGGAAAUAUUGAUGCACAGUUUAGACUUGCAAUGAUGUAUUACAAAAAAGAAGUCGUGUCUAAAAACGCUAAUGAAUCAAUGAAGUGGCUUUUAAAAGCGGCAAAACAAGGUCAUUCAACUGCUCAAUAUAAUUUAGGUAUUAAUUAUUCUGAAGGUCAAGGCAUAGAACAAGAUAAAAAAGAGGGUAUCAAGUGGUAUACGAAAGCUGCGAAACAGGGUUUUACAGAGGCACAAUAUACUUUAGGGUUGAUGUAUCACGAGGGAACAGAUAUAGCACAAGAUAAAAAAGAAUCUGUUAAGUG